CUACUGGUAUCGCUCGUGGAGUCCAGCCUGGAGUUGGUGUCCGACCAGUUAUGUAUAGUGUAUCUACGUCAGAAGUUACUCGAACUGUUACUACUGCGGCUAAAAGUUAUAGCGUAAGUGAAAGUGAGGGUGGAUGGACAGGCAGUGGUGAAGGUGAGGGUACCACCAAUGCACAAAGUGGAGUAGCAGGCACUGUGGAGCGUGGAUUGGUACGGGUUACUGGGCCUGGAGACGUUCGAGGCCAAGCUCAAGUGGUGCAAGUGACUCCACGGGUCAAUGUUUCUGCAUCACCUGGCACGAAGGUCAUCACCACAACCCAUGGGGGAAAGGUGACCUUCCAUGUCACCACAAAUGCUCCCACCUCAACAGCCACAUCUGCUUCAUCAGCAUCCAAUGGUCAGCAACAACAGCAGGUCCCUCCACAAACAAUGACGGUGACCAAGAAGCCACCCCCCCCAGCCAGAUCUACUCAGCCUGGGGGACCACCACCACCUGUACCCUCAAACAAACCAUUGGCAGCACCCCCUAUACCCCCAAACAAACCAGCAGUUCCCCCAAAGAAAGACUUGGUGACACGUGUAGGGGCUGGGGGCCAAGGUGUGUCAGUAGAACCUGGAACACCAAUCAGUGUAGAGGUUAAACCACAGAAGGUUGGGCCUCAGACAGUCAAAUUUGGCAUCACAAUAUCAAAGACACCAGCCAGUGGGAGCCAGACAAUAGGCUCUGGUGGUGGUAGUAGUCAAGCAGUGGUUGGUGUGGGGCCAGGGGGAUCAGGGGGGGGCUCUGAGGCUCCCGUUGCCCCAGCAGUGGAAGGGGGAGCAGUGUCCCCAAGGAGAGACGCGGCGCAGGUUGGUGGAGGAGGUCCCCCGGUGCAUGCCACUGCCUGUGUGGACUCCCUCUCUCCUGAACUAGAGCACUUCCACCAGUUACUCAUUAGCAUGGCAGGUAAUGCAGCAGCACAGCCUCACAAAGCCACAUUCACCAGUUUUCAACUCUGCAAAGUUGUAAUUUUGUCAACAUUUUAUGUUGCUUAUAAACCAAAUAAAUAUAAUGGAUUCAGUAGUUAUCCCAGAAAAUGUAAGCUAAUGUGUUGAAAACUGGAUUUUUUUUUUUUUAUCUAAUGGACAUAUGAAGGGGUCAACCAAAGAAAGUAGUACUUACUGUUCAUAUAUUAUAUUUUACCUUAGGUCUUUUCCAGCUUCUUAAGCAUAUGAAAGACUCAGGUAAUUAAGUAUUUAUGGCUUUGUGAAUAAGCUUGGCAUGCAGAUAUUUUUUCUGAAUUAUUGAGUGUAUAUGUUGUGCAUGAUUAGGAUCUUUUAGCAGUUGCAUCAGUUUUUAUAUGGCAGUAAUUUUUAUGAGAAAGAUUGGUAUUAUUUUGAUUCUUCACUUGUAUGGAUUUUUUUUUUUUAAGAUUCCAUUUUGUGGCAGGCAGUGAAUAUGGAUUCCAAGGUGUGAACACAUUUUGUUGCAUAUUUUUUGUGCACAUGAUCUUAGAGAGUAAAAUGUUUCAUGUGUUGUAAUUUCCAUCAAAGUGAAGAGCAUUUCCUAUUUUGACUUUUAGUGAAGUAUCAAAAUGAUAGUAUAUUUUCACAUUUUCUGUCAUAUGGGUCAGAGUGUAGCUUUUUGAGUUGAAAGUAAAUGCAACAAUAUUUCCUAUGAAAGCUAUCUACAUUCAUGAAAACAGUUUUAUUACUUUUGAGAUCUGUUUCUAUGUAAGUAUAGUAUGACAUUUUCCUUUGAUUAGCACUUAUUGAAAUGUUAAACAAAUUAAGAAACGAUUACCUUCCCUCAAGACAUGAAUAACUGGAAAAACUUUAAAGCUCCCUUCAGAGUCAUAACAUAAUGUGUUAUGAUUAUUAAAAAAAUAUGAUCUGCUGAGCAGGUGUGAGGUGAAUGUCAUUUAGUUCUUUGGAAAUUUCUCUUACUAUAUGAGUACUCUCAAAAUGCUACCAAAAAUAAGCAGUCAGUGAUUUUUAUAUAGAUACAGAGCCACAUUUGAUUACUUAAGAUAUAGAAUCUUACACAAAUAAAAACUUAAAGUUAGAAGGAUACCAGUAAUUGUUGCAUUUGAUAUAUAAUAAAUUUUGUAAAGGAGCAAUGAAAAUCACUAAGUGCUUGUUUAAGACCAAUUUCAGAUAUUUGAAUCCAAGAUACUAGGCUAAAACUUGGCGACAUAUAGGACAGUUGGCCAGUGGUGCAGGAGCCCUCAAAUAUCACAGUAUUAUGUUUUAACAGUCUUUAACAUUGAUAAGGACUUUGCAAAUGUGUGUUUGCAUGUUGUGCAUGAGAGUGAGUGAAUGUUGCAUUGGUCCUCUUGAUAACUGUCCUGACUAGAAAUACUAGAAUGAGAUAGUGCAAAAGCGAGACCAAGGAAGCGUGACAGAGGUCUUCAUUGAAAGAUUAUAUUGUCUCUAUUUCAGAGUAUGUUUUCAAGAUUGUUAUUGGGCUAUUUGUUUGGAAGCUAUUUAGUUAGUUCAGCUUUUUAAAAAAGUUAUGAGGUAACUAGCAGAUCAGUAAUAAUAGUCAGUGAUAGCAGUCAUACUAUGAACAGAAUAACUGGCAUAAGGUAUUUGAUAGACAGCACUAUUGCUGUUUUCUAGUGCUUGAUGAUAAGGAUGUUGUGUGUAUUUUUGUUGCGAUUUAACACUGAAGGAUAAUUGGUAAUAUUUUGUAAGAAAGAA